GUCCAAAUUCACACAAAUUGCUCAGAAGGCUGGGUUAACACAGCCAAAACCCAAAUUCCGGUGUCCCACAGACGAUUUGUGACUCCGCUGUACGCGCCUCCGGACAGAGCGACGCCCACGCAACACCAUGUAUCGGCUAGCGGUGCGAGACCAGUGCAAGUGCGCCCUGCAGCGUUCGCUGCAGCAGACCACGACAAACGGCAGGCAGUUCAGCAGCAGCGGGAGCAGCAACAACAGCAGUGGAAAUGGGAGCAGGGAGCAGGGCAGGAGAGGAUACUAUGGCCUGCCACCCCCACCGAAUAUGCGCGAAGCCGGCUUCGGCAAAGUGGUGCUCUUUGUCUCCCCCCUGGCCGCCGUUGGCGGAGUCAUCACCUACGCCAAGUACGACGAUGACUUCCGCAAAAUGGUCGAGAACAAAGUUCCCGGAGCCGGCUCUGUCAUCAAAGUAGCCCUGCAGGAGGAGCCACCAUUCAAGGGGGUCACAAAGAGUGUCAACGACCAAAUCGAUAAGGUCAAGUCAGGCUUUAAUUCGGUCACCUCCACCGUGGACUCGGUUACCUCCAAGGUAACUGGUUUGUUCGGCGGCGGCAGCGGAGAUGACAAGUCGAAGAAGGCCAAGGCAGAACCCGCAAAAACCGAGUCAACACCAGAGAAGAAGUCCCAAGCGACGUCUCAGGCCACCAAGGUGGAAACAAAGCCAGUGGCGAAAGCGGAGAAGGUGGCUACGCCGCCGCCUCCAGCCGCCAAGCCCAAGGAAGAACCCCUGCCCCGCGAGGUCGUUGAGCUGGAGAAGGCCAUCGAACUGUCGGCCCAGUUGGCAGUGAAGGAGUAUAACAACGCCAUUAGUGUGCUGAAGGGCUUCAACGAAGACGUACGCAAGGUGGUCGAUAAGGCGGUGGAGAAUGGCGAGAACUCGGUGUGGACUACCCUGAGGAAUCGCGCUGGUGCUCGUGACACGGCAGUGGCCACGGCAGAGCGUGCAGCUCGUCAGGCCCAGGAGAAGAUUGUUGCCUGCGAGAUCGCCUUAAGUGCGGCUGCCACAGCGGAGAACAGCAAAAAGGUGGAGGCGGUGCGCGACAAGAUCAAGAAGCUGGUGGAUCACAUAGCCAACGUCAAGGACGAGCUCUACCGGCACAAGGACACGGCCAGCGUGUCGGACAAGUACUGGCGCAGUGUGGAAAAGGCGCGCAACUAUUUCAUCGACGAGAUCGAGUCUAUUUUCCCCGGCCUCAGUCUGGCAGAUAAAAAACUCAACCUGUCAAAGGAGGACCUCGACUUGUUUAUCCUGCACGCCUACACCCAUGUCCUGGCCUAUCAGAAGGAGCUGCAGCGUCUGCAAACCGAUGGUGAGCUUCGCUUGAAGCGGGCUAUUGACUCGGUUCGCGGCGACAAUGAUUCGGAGGCGCUGCGUGCCCAACUGGAAUACCAUUUGGAGGCCGAGAGGCGCAAGUUGGCCGUGGAGAGUCAGAAGAAGAUCUUCCAGAUCCAUGCCGAGUCCGACAAGCAGCUGCGUAUGCAGCUUAAGAAGCAGGCGGAGGCCCAUACCGAUCACAUCAAGGAUAUCGUGGCGCAGCGGGAGACAGAUUUAACGCGCAGCUUUAAGCGCGAGUUGGAGGAUAAGUUGGCUGCCGAGAAGGCCAACUACAAGCUUCAACUGGCUGCCAUGCUUGGCAAGCUGCGUGGCAUGGAUGCCGCACUAGCGGAGCGUGCGGAUGCGGAACGUACUGCCAAUCAGGCACAGGCCUUGUGGGCCGCCUGUCAAGCUCUGUGGGCCUCGGUGCGCACUGCCACUCCUGGAGUUCACUACUCAGAGAAGCUGCGCCCUCUGAAGAACGAGAUCAAUGCCAUUUCCAAGGUGGCGGAGGGCGACGAUCUGGUGGCGGCUGUGCUGCAGAGCAUGCCGAAGGAGGCUCAGGAGCGCGGUGUCUAUCCCGAGGAUGCACUGCGCGAGCGUUUCCUCAAUGUGGAGCGUGUGGCUCGUCGUCUGGCCCUGGUGCCGGAAGAGGGUGCCGGCCUGCCUAUUUAUUUCCUGUCCUAUCUUCAAUCGCUGUUCAUCUUGCGACCCGAUAAUCCCAUUUCCAAGGACGAACUCGAAAACAAACCUUUCGACUACAGCAAACUGGACACCUAUGAUAUCCUAAACCGGGCCAGGUAUCACGUGGACCGCAGUGACUUCCUGCAGGCGUUAAAGUACUUGAAUCUACUGCAGGGUGCGUCCCGCAAGAUCGCCGGCGAGUGGAUGAAGGAGGCGCGCCUCAUGCUGGAGACCCAGCAGGCGGCCAACACCCUGAUGGCUCACGCCGCUGCCAGUGGCCUGUUGUAUUUGUAGACUACGUCCCCUAAUCCCAUCCUCCAGAAACACCCAGAGGCACUUUAUGAUUUGUUAUUAGUCCAGAUAAAAGAUAAAACAGCAAUGUGUAAUUUGUCAUUUGAGAGAGAACACCGUUUAAAUGAAAAGAAAUAAUCCUUAUAUAUUUGUAAAAUUUUGUUUAGCUUCAAUUAUACAAAUUAUAUUUAGAGAAACUACAUUGAA